AUAUAUGUGUGUGUGUGUGUGCGCAACGGCUUUCCACCUCACUUGAUUUAUUGUCAUUUAGAGCGGAAUUCGUAUGCGUCUGUUUUAUUGCACACAAUCGGAUGUCAUGCGAGUCCAUUUAGAUGCUGCUCAGUUGCCGGCUACAAGCCGCUCUCGCUCUAAUGUCACAACUUGACUUGCAAUUUUCUGUGUGCUUUUUUGUUUUUGUGCUGUUUUUUGUUGUAUAUACAAUACAAUAAAACGCAUGAAUUUCACGUAUGCUGUGUGACAUUUUUUCUUUAAUCCCACACACACACAGGCAUACGCGGGCUACCGCCGGAAAUCAGCAACUGGCAAGUGCCAUUCUCCUGAGGAUAACACCACACAUGCACACAAACACAUAUAUUUGUAUAUAUACAUACAUAUAUAUAUAAAUCUACGGAUUAUAAUACAUAUUGUAUGAGCCUUGCUGCCCGCCUUCUAACCACAGCCAAACAAGCAGCGCGCCAGCCACUUCGCCAUGCCGUUAUGCCACCACUUGCUGCGGAUGUGUGCUCCUAGCGCUGCCAGCCACUACCCGCACACAUACACAUGCAUGUUCAUAUGAUUCUAGCACGUAACUAAGUAUCCAUAACGGCGUUAGUGUAGUCGCGUGUACAAUACUGGAUUCAACGUAUUGCUCAUGUGGCUGUUGGUUGUUGUUGUUGUUUUGCCUUACCUGCACUCAUAAAUUUAUUAUACUGGAUUUUCCGGGCUUAUUGUCAAAGUUGAUUUUAUACUCUUAUUGGAUUAUGCGCAAAUGAUUCGCCAGUGCUCAGACCGAUAAUCCCAAGUUUUUAUCGAGUUAACUGCAGAUUAUUGCACAGAAUAUUGAGAGUCUCACAUACUGACAACAAAGGAUUUGGAUUAUCGCCUUCACAUGUACCGAUAUGGACUUAAUGUUGUCACACUGAAGCCAAUAUUGGACGAAGUGCCGGGCGAUAAAAGAAUGCCAAACAAACUUAUAACCAAGAAUAUCAAAAAACAAUAAUGCAUAAAUAUUUUGCACCAAAUGCAAGGAGAGGAAACAAGCGCGACACCGCAAAAUUCGAAUAAAAACGCUUGGAUUAUAAAAAGUGAGCUCGUAAAAUGAAAACGGCGGCAAUGAAAUAAUAAUAGCUGCGAAUAAUAAUAUUAAGCAAAGCAACAACACGCCACACUAGCAAUUUUGCGCAGCGUCAAUGCGUCUGCACGCACAUUGCGUAGGCCAAGCGAGCGUCGCAAACAACGCGCAAAUGUGUCUUGCGUUUAAUUAAACUUUGUCGGUGCGCGUGCGCGCAGCGUUAUGCACAUACACAAGUGCAAAUCUGCGUGUGUGUGUUUGUGCUAGUCCAGUUUACGCCACGAAGCCACAAGGGUCGCGUGUUGGCACAUGACGCAUGCGUGAGUGCCAUCUCCGGCACACAGCACUCACAUGCUGUUGUUUAUAGCAAACGACUGAGUGGGCCGCGCUUGCGCAUGCGCUGACUCCCAAAGGAGUGUAGACAAAUUUUUAUGGGAAUUUAUUAAACAAACGCAUUAUGCCACAACAAACAACGCGACAAACAGCGGGCGGCGGCAACAUGUGGUCGCAAGACUGCCAUAAUCUUGUUCGCUGGGGUCCACGCAUGCGCAUGCAAGUGUGAGCACUUUAGAGGCAAAAAAAAAAAACAAGCAAAUUGUAAUAAAGAAUAACAUGAAAGCGUCCACUUUAACAAUAUUAAUUUGCGCAUAAAAUUGAGUUUCUUAUGUUAAUUGAAUGCGCCUGCUGCCAGUGGGGCCGAACGAGCCGAACAAGCCGCCUAGUCAACGAGCCGCCAAGCAACGCAACAGCAAACGACAGCGUGCGCAUCCAACCAGGCGACAACCAAGACGACGCUGACAAGCGGCGAUAAAUGACAAUAACAAAAACCAUAAUAAUAAAAUUUAAAAUGAAUAUUAAAUAGAUAUUUUCUAAUAAAUUAAAUUCAUUGCGUUUUUAUUCUUCUCUUUCAGCUAAUUAAUUGCCAAACAAAUACAUACAAACGCGUGUGUUGCAGAGUUGGGAAAAAAAGCAAAUACAACAACAACAAAUAUUAAGUGCAUGUUGAAACCAAAUAAGUUUUAGAAAUAUUCGAAAUUAAAUAAGUGUUUGAGCGAAGUGUUUGUUUGCAUAAAUGCGCGUGAGUGUGUGUGUGUGCACAAACACAUAAAUAUUGUUAAAUAAUAUACGAGAGCCACAAUUACAGGCAUACUUGCCACACUGAAGUGCGCAAAUUCUUAACAAAAUGAAAAUUUAAAAUAUUCUUUGUUAUUGUUGGUAUCUCUCUGCGGAAAUAAAUAAUAAAAUAGAGUAAAAUAAUUGAAUAAAAGUGCCUAGUGUAUAUAUGUAUAUGUGUGUGUGUCUGAAGCAAUUGCAUAGUUCGCAUAGUUUGCAUUGCUUAAGAAAACCAAAAUGUAGUGCAUGAAAAAAACAAUAAGAAUAACAAAAAUAAUAUCAACAACAACAACAAAAGUAAUGCCAACAAUAAAAAUAAAAACAACAAAAGUAAUUCUAACAAUAAAAUUGCACAACAACAACAACAAAAGUUAUACAAAAAAAAAUAUAAAAACAACAACAAAAAUAAUAUCAACUAUAAAAAAUAAACAACAACAACAUCAAAAGUAAUAUCAGCAAUAUCAGUGCUUUAACAACAACAAAUAAAUAAGACAAACUCCAAAUAAAUUCCGUAUGCAAACAAAUGUGUUAAAAGUACGAAAAUAACCAAAUUUCAGCCGGAAGCAGAGUCUAACGGAAAUUUGCUGGACUGCAGUGCGGAAGUCAGUGCAAAGAUCCCAACGGCAACAGCUGCGGCACUUAAUCAUAGACUAAAACAAUAAAAAAACAAGCGAAGCGACUUCAUAGCCGCCAACUGCCAAGCGUCAACCAGUGACAGCUACUGCCAAAGUAAUCCGCUUGGCAACAGCUGUCACCACUCAGCUCAGUACGGAAAAUGUUUCCCCGCCUGCCCGGUCCAAUUGGAGCGGAUAUCUUUCUCGGUGCCACCACCACUGUGCGCACAGUGUUCCCGAACUCGCGUCUAGACUCGCUAUCCGGCAACAGCGGCGGCGGCGGCGACGGCGGCAACAAUGCGCAUCAUCACACGCACCUCAACCACCAACAGUCUCACGACGGCACCGCCACACCAGCGCCCGCUUUCGGCAAUCAGCUGCAAUCGCCGUACGACUCGACCAACACCAAUAACUUCGCGGCCACAGCGACGUUGGAUGCGGACAGUGGCGGUGGCGGUGGCGGCGUCAGCAGCAGCUUCAGUCCACUAGGUGCCGCAGAUGCGGCGCAUAAUAAUUACCUGCCCGAAGACGAUGCAGACUGGUGGUCGAAUGCCAUCGAAGAGGACACUUUCGACUCGCCGCUCGCGUUCGAUAGCAGCGAGAAUGGUUUGUGGAAUGGGCGUUUUGUACCGCCACCACCACGCCCACCAUUCCUGGAUGACGGCGUCGCCGCGGACGGACUUACCACCUGUGAUUUAUGUACGUGGGCAUGGCAGCGCAAUGCCUACUCGCUAGAUGGAUCGAUUGGUGAGUAAUCAGCGCAAAAGCUAACUAACCGCAUAUGUACAUCCGUCUAUAAACGUUAAAAGUAUAGCAUAACUAUAACAAUAGCAAUAACAAUAACAAUACCAAUAGCCGUUUGCUAGGCAAAAGUGGGCUGUGUCCACACUACUGGCGUUGGGUGGGUUUCGCAUUUUUGCUGUCUCAACAGCAAUUUAUUGUGAAAUGAGGAUUUAUGCGAGCGGCACAUUGGCGCUAGCUUCGCUUUCGUGUAGCGGCUAUCAGAUAGGCCUACCUCUUUUUUGUCCGCUAACUAUUCGAUCGGCGGUUAUCUCAUCUUUCUCAUUGCGCACAUUUAUUUUUGCUCUUCGCUUUUCAAUUAAAAUCGUCGAAUUUUUUAUUCCCUUCCUUCCUACCCUUUUGCCGUCUUAAUCUGCCCACUUGUUGCGCGUUGCGCCGAUUUCCACUGCCAUAACAAUCGAUGGCGUAAUAAUUUAUCGCUUCGAUCGCGUCUAGCGAUUUAUCAAAUUUUUAGAUCUGCGCACAAGCGCUUACUUACUCAACGAUGCACUCUGAGCGCUGUGUUGUUGCUGGGAAGUAACUUGAUUGCGAUUGCUUUGCUUGCCACUUGUUGCAUGAGCUAUCCGUUAACUCUUUUUUUGUACUUUUUUUAGUUCCUAUAAGGUAUCUGUUCGCGUAGAAAUACGUUCAUAUAUUUGACAAAGAAAUUAUGAAAUUUGGUAGUUUUUGUUAAAUUGUUGUAUGAGAAUAGAGAAUUAGACUUGUUAUCGAUGUGACCUAACGACAGGUCUGAGCAAUUUCAUUUUUAAUGAAGUUAUAAUAAAAACAAACAAGGUUUUACAUAUGAAGAGGAAGGCGAACGAUUUCAAACCUUGUGGGUAAGAUAGCAUAAACUACUGUAA